AUGAGAUUGUGGAAUGCCGCUGCUGGGCCAAAUACCAAGGAUGAGGCAUUAGCUCGACAAUCGGCGAGAAGCACUUCACAGUACUACCAGCCUUCACAGCAAGCGCCAACGCCUCUUUUUUACGAUUAUGCGAGAUUGCAGCCUCAGCAACAACAGCGUCCGUUUGCACAAUACCAGCAAACUCAAGACCCAACACAGCGACCUUUAUAUGAUAACGGCUCAGCAUCAUCUGCCCCGCGUCGUCCGUAUGGAGGAACAUUCAAUCAACCGCAGCAACACCACCCAUCACAGCCAAGAAAAUUCUAUCACUAUCCUGGAGUGUAA